AUGUCCCUCGCCGACUACCUCGCCAAAAAGUACCUCACCGCCGACGCUCCCGCCGAGAAGAAGAGCAAAAAGCGCAAGAGAAAGGCAGCAGCCGAUGCCAGCGGCGGCCUCGUCAUCGCCGACGACGAUGUUACAGGAUGGAACAACGGCCCUCAGGCGCAAGAUGACGAGGACGCUCCAAUGAUGGUCUCCGGCAACAGCUCCGAAUUCCGCAAAAAGAAAUCCAGCGGCUGGAAGACCGUCGGCGCCGCCGCGCCCUCCUCCGCCGACCAAGCCGCCGCCGAUGCCAUUAUCGCGUCCGCCGCCGCCGAGAACGCCGCCAAAGCGGCCGCGGACGAAGACGCACCCAUGAUCCUCGACAACGACGAUGGCGACGACGGUCCGGCCAUGGAGUCCGGCGCACAAGCGGGCCUGCAGACGGCCUCGCAAGUGACGGCGGCGCUGGAGAAGCGCGCGCGGGCGGAACGCAAGCACAUGGAGCAGGCGAUGCGCGAGGCGGGCGCCGGCGCCAACGAGACCAUCUACCGUGACGCGAGCGGGCGCAUCAUCAACGUGGCGAUGAAGCGGGCGGAGGCGCGGCGCGCGGCCGAGGAGGAGGAAGCGCGCAAGCAGCGCGAGGAAGAGGAGGCCAAGGGCGACGUGCAGCGUGCGGAGAAGGCGGCGCGCAUGCAGGCGCUGCGCGACGCCAAGUACAUGACGGUGGCUCGUGGCGUGGACGACGCCGAGAUCAACGAGGAGAUGAAGGAAAAGGAGCGGUGGAGCGACCCGGCGUUGGCGUUCUUGUCGAAGAAGAAGGAGGGGAAGAGCAGAAGCGGAAAGCCGCUAUACAAGGGCGCAUUCGAGCCUAAUAGGUACGGCAUCAGGCCCGGCCAUAGGUGGGAUGGCGUGGAUCGGAGUAAUGGGUUUGAGAGGGAGUGGUUCAAGGCGCGGAACGCCAGACAGAACCGUGCAAACUUGGAGUACGCGUGGCAGAUGGACGAGUAA